CACUUCGAUAACGAUGAUCAGAACAAUUUUUUUGUCGUCCGAUUAUGAACUGAAUUAUUUGGAGAUCUGAGGGUGAGGCUGUGUAGGGUAAGGGCGGGUGUGGGUGAGUGGGGGUGAGAGUGAGCACUUGAUGCUGAACGGUCGUUAUUACUCAAAUGUCGGUCGCUCAAGUGUCGGUCGCUCAAAUGUCGGGGUCGCUCAAGUGUCGGUCGCUCAAAUGUCGGGCGCUCAGAUGUCGGGCGCUCAAAUGUCGGGCGCUCAAACGUCGGUUAAUCCGUAAAUCCACGUGUUUUGUCUCUCUUACUACAAAUAAUGUCGAGCUCUUCAAGAACUGUUAUUUCGAAGUGGUUAUCAAAUAAUAAUCAAGAUCAAAUUCUCAACUCUGAAAAAAUGGUUAAGUCAAUCGUCACAGCCAUUUUGAACAAAUUUUAUUGAAAAAAUAGUUCACUCUGUCGUCGCCAAAGUGAAAGAACUGGUUGAACCGUUAAUGGCUAUACAAGAUGAAAAAAUUAGCGAACUUGAAGAUAAAAUUACUCAAUUAGAAGCAAGUCUAACUGAUCAAAAUUUAUUCGCCUCUAAACUUGAAAGCAGUGUAAAGAUAUCGAAAGAUAAAUCUAAUCAUCUGAAACAGUAUGGGCGGAUUGGUAAUUUACGAAUCCAUAAUGUUCCCGAAAUACAAGAUGAAAAUGUGCACAAUAUUGUCAUGAAUUUAGCUACACAAAUGAAAGCCGAAUUAGAUUCACAUUCAUAUCCGUCUGUCAUUGAACUGGACAAGCUAAAAACGGUAAACCAAGGCAAAUUAUCGUUAAAUUUUGUGCUCGUUCUGAGCGAAAUUCUUUCUUGUACGGACGCUCAACACUAG